CUUCACACCCCGUAAAAAAGAAGCUAAGAAAAACUAGGGUACGGGGGGUAAAAGAACAACACCACAAAACCCCAAAUCACAAGCAAAUCUACACUCCGUACAUCGAGAGUAAAACUACGUUCUCCGAUUUCUAGGGUUUCCUCCGCUCGCAUCAACACCAAUAGCCUGAAUCCAUUCACUGAUUUUCGCUGGCUCUCAGAUUCGGGUGGGACUCGGCUUCAUAGGUUGGUCUCCGUCAUCUCUGUGUUGAUGUUAUACUUUGGUUCGGCGAAGAAUGUCAAGAGUUUGUGCUUUGUUGGGAAUGAUUAUGCAUGAGAAAAUAUGUGAAUUUGGGUUUUCUCAAUGCACCGGAUUUGAUUUGGGUUUUUAGGGGUUUUGUAGAACGUUGUUGGUGGGUCGAUCGGUGAUUGAUGAGGAGGAAGAGGAAAGGUAGUGAGAUUUUGUGCUCAAAGCAGAAUGGGAUUCUGAGCUCGACCAAUGGUUCUGAGACGUCGUCUAUAUCAAAUUUCAAGUCUCAUUAUUCGUUGGAAGAUUACUCUAGGUUGAGGAAGAAGUGUAAGGAGGAUGACUAUUAUGAUGGGCUGUGCUGUGAGGCUGUUAGGUCAUGUAAAAGUAAGGCCAGGCUGGCUGGCAUUGCUGCCACUGCUCCGCCAUGUGGGACUUCUUCAUCUGUUUCAUCUGGGCGGGGUAUUAAGAGGAAGAUUGGAUGCAUAGAUGUGGCAAACCAAAUGGGUCAGAAGAGGAAUAUCAAUGAAGACUAUGUACUGGGAGAAACAAUUGGGAGAGGGAAAUUCGGAUCUGUUCUGCUGUGUAGAAGCAAGGUCACUGGUGUUGAGUUUGCAUGUAAGACUCUGCUGAAAGGGGAAGAAACUGUGCAUCGGGAAGUUGAGAUUAUGCAACACUUAUCAGGGCAUCACGGUGUGGUAAUGCUAGAGGCGGUGUACGAAGAAGAGGAUAGGUUUCAUUUGGUGAUGGAGCUGUGUGGAGGUGGGAGGUUGAUUGACGACAUGGCAAAGGUGGGGCCAUACUCUGAGCAACAGGCUGCAAACAUAUUUAAGGACUUGAUGAUGGUGGUCAAGUAUUGCCAUGACAUGGGAGUUGUACAUCGUGAUAUCAAGCCUGAAAACAUUCUUCUUACUACUUCUGGGAAGAUAAAGCUUGCAGAUUUUGGCUUGGCUAUGAGGAUUGCCAAUGGCCAGAGAUUAACAGGUGUGGCUGGAAGCCCUGCUUAUGUGGCACCGGAAGUUCUUUGUGGGGAUUACUCUGAGAAAGUGGAUGUUUGGAGUGCCGGUGUUCUCUUGCAUGCACUCCUCAGUGGACUUCUUCCAUUUCAAGGCGACUCUUUGGAAACCGUUUUUGAGGCAAUUAAGAAUUCAAAGCUUGAUUUCAACACAGAACAAUGGCAAUCUGUAUCUAAACCUGCACGGGACCUCCUUGAGCGUGUUCUCACAAGGGAUGCUACUGCAAGAAUCACUCCAGAUGAAGUGCUAAGUCAUCCGUGGAUUCUUUUCUACACGGAACGCACAUUGAGGACAUUGUCCAGUAAAACAAAGCCAAAACAUCAUCAGACUGGUCCACCAACUCAAACACCCACGACUACAUCUUCACCAGAACGCAAUGGAAAUGUGACUGGGAAUUGUCCCAUUGGAAAAGAUGGAGCUCCUGCCUCGUGGUCGGAGAGCUUCAAUGGAGAAUAUGAUGAAGAAUCAGAUGAAUCUGGUUUGAUUGAUGCACUCUCAGUGGCAGUAUCACAUUGCCGGAUAUCUGAGCCUAAGAGGAGCAGGUUAUGUGUCCGGCGCACCAGUCCGAUUAUUGAGGAGUGUUCUUCUAACUUGACUGCUAGUAACCUCUGCCAAGCAUUUUGAGUCCAAUUUGUUACUUACAUAUAUCAUCUUUAAUUUACUUACCAUGUCUCCAACAGACAAAUAAUAAAUCUGUACAUAUAUAUACAUAUGUAAAUAGUUGAUCUGUAAGCAGAUGACAGAAUUUGUGCUGCUAUUCCCUUGACUAAUAAUGUACGGAGUAAUAAGUUACUGUCUGACAUUUUUCUUCAUGCCAUUUUUUCAAAUACAUUUCCUGGUUGAAUUGUGCUUUCAUGAUUUUAAGUUUUGACUUUUGGAACUGUUCAUCUAAGCACUUUGACUCAUCAAAUUCUCUCAAUGUGUAAGCCUAAAAAUAGUCAUGUGUGAUCUUGUUUGAUUCGUCUUAACAUAUAGAUUAUUAAUAUAUAAUUUUUAUAAUUUUUUAAUAUACAUAUUACAAGAUA